CGCAACUAAAGUUAAAAUCGUCCAUUUUGUUUUGCCUCGAAGAAACCGUCAGAUUCAUCAACAUCGGUGUCCGGUAUUUUGCAUAUAUUCCAUUAGUUUUCAAGAUAAAACUUACUUUAUUUAGACUCACUAUUAAACCGAUAAAAAUCCUCGUCGAAGAGAGUAGUUCGAAAUCGCCGAGGUAAAUAAUCCUCACUAAAAAUGAGCGUUAUAAUACGAUUACAAAAUCUUCCUUGGUCUGCAAACGCGCUUGAUAUUCGCCAGUAUUUCCAAGGACUCAGCAUCCCAGAAGGAGGUGUCCACAUCGUCGGCGGAGAAUUAGGCGACGCUUUCAUAGCAUUUAGUACGGAUGAAGACGCUCGCCAAGCAUUCAAUCUAAACAAUGGCAAGAUUAAAGGUAUUCAAAUCAAUCUUAUGCUCAGUUCUCGCACUGAAAUGCAAAAGGUGAUCGAAACCGCUAGAAAUCAAUCUAUGGCAGCCUUUAUGCAGACCCCAACGCCUCGUGUUAAUCCUCCUCCCGUUGCGCCUAUAUUACCCUCGGUUGUACCGCCUGCUGUUGUACAGGAUACGAGAAAAGAGGAUAUUAAUUUAAAAAAGGAUGUAAAGGUUGAUUAUAAGAAAGAUAAAAGGCGAUCUAGGUCGAGAUCCCGCGAACGAAAAGACCGGGAUCGUUCACGCGAUAGAGAUCGUGGACGGGAUCGUCGGCGGAGAGAUCGUAGUCGAUCAAGGUCUAGGGAACGUAGAGACCGUCGUAGGAGGGAUCGGAGUCGCAGCAGAGAUCGUGCUAGGUCGAAAGAUCGUGAUUAUCACCGAAGUGGGAGGGUCAAUGACAGGGGUUCACCAAAAGAGCAGCAAAAAGAGCACCAGGUCGUUUGGGAAGCGCCGUUACCACAAGAAAUUCAAUUACAACAACCUUCAGCGGCUAGUAUUUUAGGGGCUAUUCCAAGUUUAUUAGCCGCAACGGCUGCAAAGUCGCUACUUGAGCAACAAAAUAAUUUUCAACCAAAUGCUUUAAGAAAUAACUUUAACAAUAGAUGGUUACCGACUGCUACUCAUCGCGAACCAACAUUCCAACCUCCUGAUAGGUUAUCACUCGAAGAUAGAUUUCCUGACAAUCGUAAUAGGGCUUUACCAUUUGAAAAUCUUAACUCGUUCACUCGAACGACGAGUGUUUUAACAAACAGACUUGCAUCUUUGAUUCCCUUGAAUAAUAGUAAUAACAAUAAUAGAUUUCUAAACGAAAAUAGGGAAAGAUCUGAAAGGUCAUCGACUGCUAGAAAUGAAAAUGUUGUUCAACCAAAGAAUUGUUGCGUUCAAUUACAUCCCUUUAUGGGUGGUUUCGGAGAAAUAAGAAGGUUCUUUUUAGGGUUGUUCAUACAUAACACUGGGAUUAAAUUUGUUAAUGAUGAAUUCGGAAAGAGAACGGGCGUUGUUUAUAUAAAAUUUGCUUAUCCCGAGGGAAAAGAACGUGCCUUAUCUAGAUCUGGUGGCAUGUUAAGAAACCAAAUUAUUACCGUUUCACAUUUAGACGAUGAAAUUUUUGAUGGCGCUGUUGAUAGAUAUCAACCUAACACCUCGGGAAGUGACGAUCAAGAUGAAGUUAAUAGUAAAUUAGAUACUGCUAAUUUCUUAAAUAAAAUCGGCCUAUUUACCACUCUCCUAGUUGAAGAUCUUCCUAGUUACACAAAAGAACAGGAUAUUUUAAAAAUGUUUUCCGAUUACUCCCUUAUUUCUAUUAUUUUAAUAAACAAACCUAGAAAGCUUACCAUAGCUUAUGUUAAGUUUUCAAAUGCAGAUGAUGCAAAAACAGCCCUUGAAGCUAUUAGUAAACAUAGCGUUGACGGAAAAUUAGUUGCUGUUAAGCCAUGUUCUGACGAAGAAUUUGAAACCGUUCAAAAAGAACAGGGUACGUUUGAAGAACCAAAACGCUCAAGUGAUUUAUUUAAAAACUCCGAUGUCCUAUUUCUUUCUCGUUUACCGCUUAAAACUACCGAUAGAGACAUAUCCGAUUUCUUUUCUGAUAUUGGAAUCAUGCCUACCAACAUUCAUAUGUUAACGAAUGAUAGAGGUUUUGUUGGUGACGCUUACUGUGAAUUUAGUUCAAUUAAAGAUGCAAAAGAAGCUUUAGAGAAAAACGGAACCCCGCUUGGUACAUCGAUAGUUUCUGUUAAAUCAGUUGAAAGACGUGAAAUGGAAGAAGCAAUUGGUACAGGUCAAGAUGAAGAAGAUGAGGAAGAUUUAAAUGAUGAUCCAUUUGAAAGAUUACGCCAUGAAGAUAACGCUGAUGAUUUGAAUAGAAUAGAUAGAAGAGAAAUGGGAUUAAGAGAUAAUAAGUUGGGAGGGAGAUACGAUUACAAACCACCUGAAAAAUUAUUAAACCAAUUAUUUCCCCCGAGAUUACCUAAUUUACGACCAAAUCUACUUCUAAACGCAAUGAGACCUUCAUUUCCACCACGAAAUAAUUUUAUGCCACCAAUUCCACGUGGACCUAAUUUUUUAGGUUUAGGACUUAGACCAAGAAGAUUUCCUCCUCCUCCUCUUCCACCACAUUUUCAACAACACAUGAACGGAAAUGAAGAUGUUUUCGGCCCACCAGGAUGUACGGUUCUUAUGGAAAACGUCCCCUUUAAAGCUACCGUUGAAGAAAUUUUGGAAUUCUUUAGCGGGUAUGAAAUUUCACCCGAUAAUAUCUUAAGACGGUAUAAUCCGAAUGGAAAACCAUCCGGUGAGAGUAAAGUUAUCUUUAAGAAUUCCGAUGAUGCUUAUCAAGCUGUACAUGAAAAGCAAGAACAAAAAAUUAGAGAUCGGACCGUUUAUUUAACAUUAUGUUAAUGUUUAAUAGAUCGUUUGUUAAUGGAUAAGUUCGCAAUAAGUUCUUUUUUUUUGUACAUAAGAAUUUGAAUGAGUUAUCAAUUUAGUUUCUAUCUGUAGAAACAAAUGUUUAUUGAAUAAUUAAGCACAAUUGUAAAGGAUUUAUAUUAAAUUCUUGAAAAUUUAAA